AGAGUAUGGCCAUCCACCAUUUGGGCCCAAAAGCCAGGCCCAUCUAACAAAUGUCAAACAUCAGAUAAUUAACCCUAUCAAUACACACGCUUUCGGCGUCCAAAUCGUGAUUCCCACCACGUCACAAAAUUGAAAAAAAGCUCGACUUAAUCAACUAGCCGUUGAGGGGGAAAGCUCGGGGAGAUCGUAACGUUCGGGAAAGAAAGAAAACCCGACCCGCGUCGUCCUUUCGCCCGGAACUGAGGGUCCAUUUCUUAUAUAAAUCCCGCCGCACCCUGCUACUUCCGACGCUCCUCUCUCUCUCUCUUUACUUCAUUUCUCUCUCUCUCUCUCUUCUCGCCGCCGGACUUGCGGAAGGAAAGAAGGAACGAGAGAGACGAAAGAAAGGAAAAAACACCAUUUCUUCUUGUGCUUCUGAUUCCCCACCAUCUUUGACUUUGUUUCGUUGUUUCUGAUCUCACUCCACCGUGUUUUAGAAUGGCCACCGUUAACUACAACGCACCCUCGGCCACUCCCGCUGCCGCGGCGGCUGCUCCGGCGAAGAACGUGGAUACCCAAUCUGUGCUCAAAAGGUUGCAGUCGGAGCUGAUGGCCCUAAUGAUGAGUGGAGAAACAGGGAUAUCAGCAUUUCCAGAGGAAGACAACAUCUUCUGCUGGAAAGGGACGAUCACUGGGAGCAAAGAUACAGUCUUUGAAGGAACCGAGUACAAGCUGUCUUUAGCUUUCCCCAACAGCUACCCUUUCAAGCCACCAAAGGUGAAGUUCGAGACCACCUGCUUCCAUCCGAAUGUGGAUGUGUACGGCAACAUUUGCCUCGACAUUCUCCAGGACAAGUGGUCUUCUGCGUAUGACGUUCGGACUAUUCUGUUGUCCAUCCAGAGCUUGCUUGGAGAGCCAAACAUCAGUUCGCCACUCAACACUCAGGCAGCACAAAUGUGGAGCAAUCAAGAAGAGUAUCGGAAGAUGGUGGAGAAGUUGUACAAGCCUCCAGCAGCAACUGCAUAGGACAGAUGAUAUUCUGGGUUUUACUUUACUUACUUGGAUGUCCUUGAGAGAAUACCUACUGUGGUCAUCUGAUUCUAUGUUGCCAUCACUGUAAUAUUUCAGUGCCAGUUUCUAAUGAAUGAGAUAAUACCAUUUGAUUACUCCACUGUCUUCUCCCUCUUUCUCUCUGCCAUGGUAUGCUUUUGAGUAAGAUAAAGAAUAUAGAGCUAA